UAAGAGUAAUCCGAGACGCUCGUCGGCACAGGGAAGUUUCUCAGGGAAUUUUUCCAAGCCGAGGGUGACAGUAGCUCUGUGAGAUUAACAUGAGAGCUGAAAGUUUAGAGGCUGGGGUUGGGACACGGGGUUGGGACACAGUGUUGAAGUAAAGCAGGAGCAGGUAUAAGGAGACAGCAGAGAGCAAGAGAGAGAGAGAGAGAGAGAGAAACAGAAACAGGGUCGAAGUUGGACAGACGACACAAUCGGCUUCAGACUUCCCACUGGAGCCACCAAAUCCUUUAACCGAUGGCAACAGUCCAGUCCUUGCCUAUGACCCAACAUCCCAGCAAGAGCAUCAGUGCCAUUUACCCAUCAUCCUCUCUGGCAUCUGCUGACUGCGUCAUGGGUAGCGUGGGCAGUCUGAUAGAAAAACACGACGUAGCACCCACCAAAGGUAACAAAGCUGUUCCUCAGGUCCCACACCGGCAGAGCAAAGGGCAGAACAGGAAGGGCUUCAGCCAGCGAGAGCUGUUGAACUACCUGAACAUUACCAAGGAGCCGAAAUCAGGCAAACACAUCGUCUUCGGCAGCUCGUCUAUCAAGAGGGAGCAUUCCAGAGAGGAGGAGAACCUCUACGCCAAGGUUUAUCAUAAAGACGGCAAAGAGGUCGACUUGGGGAAGAAUUCUCUCCCAAUACGUGGCAAAUUUGACAAGCCUCGUUUAAGGUCGUCCGCCUUUAAGCCAGUGACACCAAAGAGCUUUAGCUCCGUGCAGAACCUUUACCCGUCCAAGUCCGAGGAACUGAUGAACGACAAGCACUUGUUCUAUUCCAAGACGACAUCCAAAUCUCUAUCCACGUCUUCCUCUUCCUCUUCUCCUUCACGGGUGGGUACCAGCGCCAACAAGGGUGUCCUGGCAGUGCCCCAUGAAGAGGAGACAGCCUCAGACUCUGGUCAUAACUCAGUGAGCAGCCUGCCAUCGUACCGCCCUCCAUUCCGCCCCCACCUGGGGCAGAUCAGUGCCUCCAUGGGCCAUAUCGAGCACAUUGGCUCCCUCGAGCGGACCUCAGCGGGCAUGGUAGGUGUCUGUGGUCUAAGUACGGCACCAGAGUCCUACGAGCUCUCACACUCUCUGGAGGAUGUGGUGAAAGACCUGGAGGAGCGACUGCAGGAGAAGGAGCAUGAGCUUUGGCAGAUGCGGAGGAAUCUGGAUGAGAGUGAGGAUGCCAUCGCACAGGUUAGCGUUCACAAGCAGGAGGUGUUUGAGGGGAAGCAGCGGCUGUGGGAGAAGGAGGUAUCGGAGCUGAAGCAGCUCUACACAACUAAGCUGCGUCAAGUAUCCCAGCAUUCUCAGCGCUCCCAGCGUGCCCUGCAGCUACAGCUCUACAAGGCACAGCACGAGCGUAGCCGAGCACAGGAAGAAGUGAACACGCUGCGCCGCAAAUACCAGAGCCUGCAGAAACAGGGCGGAGUUGGGCGGAGCCAGGAGCUCCAACCGCAGCUUGAGGAGACCCAAUGGGAGGUGUGUCAGAAAGCAGGUGAGAUCUCCUUGCUGAAGCAGCAGCUCAAAGACUCCCAGGCCGAGGUGACUCAAAAGCUCAGCGAGAUCUUCCUGCUAAAGACACAGCUGAGAGAGGUACGUCAGGAGCUGAGCACCAAAGACAGCCAGCUGGACACGCUGCAAGUGGCACUACAGACCGCGCUCCGCAAGUGUUCUCUGGGGAAGUCGGUGCAGAACCUGACCUCCAACCAGACCCCAGGCGAGGACAGCAGGUCGAGCAGCGCCACAGAAGAGCGUCUCCGUGCCGAACUGUUGCUGGAGCGCCGUCAGAACGAAGCUCAGGCCUCAGCCUUUGAUACCGAGCGUAGUACGUGGCAGCUGGAAAAGGAGAAGGUGCUUCGCUAUCAGAGGGAGCUGCAGGCCAGCUACCUGGAAAUGUUUCACAAAAAUGAAAGCCUGGAGAGAGAACUGAAGCAGCUCAGAGGAGACGGGGCUGGAGCUGUGGUGGGCGGAGCUCAAGCAGAGCCCUCAGGUCUUCCCUGGAUUGAAAGGAUUGAGUCUUCUGAAAUCUGAAAAAAAAAAUAUAUAUAUAUAUAUAUAUAUAUAUAUAGUAUAUAUAUAUAUAUAUCGUCGCUGUCGGGCGGAAACCUCGUAUGUCCAAAUUUGGUCAAUUUCAUAUUUUUUCACAUAUCGAUGCUAUUGGUCAGUCCCCACGUGGGUCUGUUAUUUUUACAAGUUAUUAACCAAUCUAAAGUCUUGAAAAUAGCUUGAGCGCAAAUCUCAUAACUCCAUUGGACACUUCAACUGUCCACCUCUUCCUCACUCCGUGUGAGAGCUUCACGGCAUAUUUCUCCUCAAGAAGAGUCGCAACGAAUCAGCACGUCUUCUGAGGUAAAUGUCUUCAAAACACUGGGCGCAAAGAAAAAAAAAUCUUGACCCCACUAGUUCUGGUGCUCGUCUGAGGACAGGAAUUUAGUGCAAGACAAUCCACUGCAAUGCGGACUAAACCCUGUGUACUGCAGAUAAGGUACAGCGUUUUUUUAAUUUCAUGAAAAAUAACGGUUUUGGAGAUACGAGGAUUCCGCCCGACAGCGACGAUAUGUGUAUAUAUAUAUACAUAUACAUGAUGUAUACUGUAUGAAUCUCUAAUAUAUGUAAAUGUGAAUAUCAGAAUAUAUGUACAAAAAAGACUGAUCGAGUGAAACAAUAAAUGCAAUGCUUUUCUUGAUUUUCUUAAAACAUUUGUAUUCAUAUUUAUGUAAACAUGUGAAAUUUCAUUUGUGGAAAAAUACUGAUGAUUGUUCUGUGAAGUGUGUAACAGAUGGGUUCUGAUUAAAAAUAAGGAUUUUGGGAAGUUUUCUCAUAAGAUUUAAAACAUCUUGUAAAUAGAAUGCUGGUUUAUUAGAUACAUUUUUUUUACUGUAUUUUCCAGAUGAUUCGACUUUCCAGUUCAAGCUGGGUUUGUAUGAUCUACAUUUUGUGAUUUAAAGGUGAUUUGACUGAAUGAAAUGUGUGUAAUUGACCCCAAAUAAUCACCAAAAUCCUGGAUUACACAACAUGAGCCAGAUGUACAUCAGCUGACACACAAUAAAACCACCAUGAUGACUUA